GUGUCAGUAAAAGGCGGGUAAAUGUAGUUGAGCAUCCUGCUGCUGUGUUUGAGUCUUAGCUUCAGAUAGAAGUUCGUCUUUACCUUGUUGUCGGCUCCAGGACAGCGCUGACAGCCCGUCGGCAGCGAUGGCGGGUAAGAGAGGAGCGCUCAUCGUGCUGGAGGGAGUAGACAAAGCCGGGAAAACGACGCAGUGCAAGCGGCUGCUCCAGGCGCUGCAACAGAGCGGCCGGCCGGCGGAGAUGAUGAGGUUUCCCGACAGGACCACGACCAUUGGACAGCUGAUAAGCGCCUACCUGGAGAACAAAAGUGAUUUGGAGGACCACACAGUGCACCUGCUGUUCUCUGCAAACCGCUGGGAAAUGGUGCCUUUAAUGAAGAAGAAGCUGGAGCAGGGCACCACUCUGGUGGUGGAUCGGUACGCCUUCUCUGGAGUUGCUUUCACCAGUGCCAAGCCGGGUUUCUGUCUGGACUGGUGCAAGAAACCUGAUGUGGGAUUGCCAAAGCCGGACCUUGUAAUGUUUCUGCAGCUCAGUCCAUCUGAGGCUGCUCUCAGAGGUCGGUUUGGAGAAGAGAGAUAUGAGACCAGUAGUUUCCAAAGAACGGUUCAACAGAAAUUUGAAGAGCUGAUGAAGGAUCGUUCAGUCAACUGGCAGGUAAUUGAUGCUUCUCAGAGUGUUGAGGAUGUGCACAAGGACAUCACAACCCGCAGCCUUAAUGCCAUCAACACAGCUCAGAACCUUCCACUGGGAGAGCUGUGGAAGUGAAGCUGAACCGGUCUGACUGAAACAGCUUUGACACAAAGACCGUCUGUUUUAUAAUAACUAUAAUAAUAGUAAUAGCUAUAAUAAUAAAUGACUCUUGUGCACAUUUUGAGCACACAGACUGAUUUCAGCCUCCUCCUCACUUGCUGUCGUUUGUUUGAAUACAGAAGGGAAACGUCUCGAGUCUGAUCUGAUCCUGUCUUGAAAUUGAGUAGAACCGUUGUCCAUCAGAUUCUGACUUUAUUUUGAGUUUUUAAAUCCUCUUACAUGGUCUAUUGUUUUUUUCACCUGUCUAUAUAUUGUGUUGAUUAAAUAAAUAAUCUUCAAAAGAACUAGUGUAU